UUGACCUGUUUUCCUUAUCGGGCCGAUGUUUCUUAAAAUGGAAAUAUUCUAACAAUAUUAUAUUAUUUCUCACUCCACCCCUAUUAACCCACCUACCCCCUACUCCAUAUAAAAAAUAAUUAAAAAUUCAACCCCUACUCUCACCCAACCCCACCUCUUAACCUACCUCCCACUAACUACAUUAAAAUAAUACCCCACUAUCAACUACUACCUAUUAAAUUAAAUAAGUCAAUUCAAGUCCCUUAAACUCUGUGCCGGUCAAAUCGGGUCGAGUAUUUCGGAACGGAGGGAGUAAAUAAUUAAAAAAGUCAUAAAGUUGAUGAAAAAAACAAAAAAAAAAUCACAAAAAAACAAAAAAAAAAACCGUUGUCUGUUUUCCCUCCCUAAUACCUUUCCGGCUUUCCCCCUCCCUUUAUCUCUUCUCCACAUUCCUCUGUUCAAACCAGAAUCCAAUACUUCACUAAAUUCACCACCUUCACACAAAAAAAAAAAAAAAAAAUACAGAGAAAUCACGAUUCAAUCGUUCAAUCCAAUCCAGAUUUAAGUUUCAUCAUUUCAAACAACAAUGUUUCCUGAAUUCAUCACGAUCUUCACCUUAAUCUUCAUCUUCAACCUCCCUUACACGUUCUCUCUCCCCUUCAUCCCCGCCACGAAUAUCACCUUCUUCGGUGAUGCGCACUUAAUCAUCCACCCCGAAACAAACCUCUCUUCCAUAAGCUUAACCCAGCAGAAUCCUUCUUCUUCAGGCAGAGCUUUCUACUUUUACCCACUUCAAUUUCUUGAUCCCGAGACCAAUUCCUCUGUUUCUUUUACUUCCCACUUUUCCUUCAGUAUUACGCCUUCUUCUCCCUCAAAUCCUGGUGAUGGUAUCGCAUUCUUGAUCACCUCUGACUUGGGGUUGUUUAGUUCGAGAUUUACUCAUCUGGGUAUGCCUGAAUUCAGCUUGAACUCUCAAGAAUCGUUUUUCGCGGUCGAAUUCGAUACGAAAUUCGAUCCUUUAACUGGGGAUGUUAAUGAUAAUCAUGUGGGUAUUGAUGUGAAUUCUUACAUUUCUUUGGUUUCGGAUGAUGGGUUAUUGGGUGAAGUUGAUUUGAGUAGCGGAAAGAAGAUUAAUGCUUGGAUUGAGUACAGAAAAUCAGUGAAAAUUGUCAGGGUUUGGGUAAGUUAUUUCCCAAACAAGCCCUUAAACCCUGUAGUUUCUGCUCAGAUUGAUCUUUCUAAGUAUAUGAAGGAGUCAAUGUACGUGGGUUUUUCUGCUUCUAAUAGAGAUGGCUCUGCACUGCAUGUUAUUGAUGGAUGGGAGUUCAAGACUUUCGAGUUUGAUUAUUCGACUGUUGAUAAAGAUUUAGAGGGAGGAGAUUGUAUGAACUGCAUUCCGGGAGAAGGUUCUGAUGGCGACAGCAAGAAAGAUGAUAAGACAGUAGAUAUUGCAUUGACUGUAGUUAUAUCUGCAUUGAGUCUUUUUGCUAUUGUUGUAAUGUUUUAUUUGAUCUGGAUGUCUAGGAAAGAUGUGGAAUCAAAGAGAGAAAAAAGCAGGAGGAUUGAAUUGAAGACAGGGCCAAUAAAAUUACAUCUGUCAGAGAUCGAAUCGGCUACUAAUGGUUUUAGCAAGAGUAAGAUCAUAGGUCAAGGAGCAUCUUCAACAGUUUAUAGAGGAAUUCUUUUCCAUGGACAAGUUGUGGCUGUAAAAAGAUUGAAUGAUGUUGGCAAUGGUAAUAACCUAAUAAAACCAUUUACCAAUGAAUGUACUGGUAUGGCUCGAAAAUUGAAGCAUAAAAACCUGGUUCAACUGUUGGGGUGGUGCUGUGAAAAGAAUGAACUUAUCCUAGUAUAUGAGUUUCUGCCUAAUGGUAACCUUGAUCGGAAUCUGCAUAGAGAUUCAGAUGCUUUUCGUGUACUAACUUGUGAGCAAAGGCUGAACAUUGUGUUGGGUAUAGCUUCUGGCCUCACAUAUUUGCAUGAAGAAUGCAGUAGACAGAUCAUUCAUAGGGAUGUUAAGACUUGUAAUGUGAUGCUUGAUUCAGACUUUAACCCUAAACUUGGUGAUUUCGGAUUGGUUAAGGUAUAUGAUCGAGAUUCUAGAACGAGAAAACCAACAAUUCCAGCAGGAACAAUGGGGUACUUAGCCCCGGAGUAUGUUUACUCAGGUAUUCCUACAAUAAAGUCAGAUGUUUACAGUUUUGGGGUGGUAGUUUUAGAGGUGGUUUCAGGAAGGAGACCAGUGGAGGAGAAAGGAGGGUUUCUGAUUGAUUGGGUGUGGAAUCUAUGGGAAGAAGGAAAAGUGAUUGAGGCCAUUGAUUGGAGGAUGAUGGGGAUGUAUAGUAAGGAAGACAUGGAAAGGAUGCUAAAGGUUGGUUUGUGGUGUGUGCACUCUGAUAAGAAGAAAAGACCUACCAUUAAAAAAGCAGCUAUGAUGCUAAGAGGGGACCUACAGGUGCCUGAUUUACCAGCUAAGAGGCCAGAUUUGAAGCUCAGAAAUGCUGCAGGUGAUGACUUGGAGUUGGAGGACUGUCCCUGGGCUACUCCUAAAACUCAUUUCAGUGAGCAUUGAUUAAGGUCUCAAGCCAUGAAUUCAGUGGUUUGUUAUAUCUUAAUUGUGUCAAAUUGUCAAUAUUUUACAAGUUUCUCAGUCAAUUCUAGUGUUCGUACUUGGUAUAUGUCAAGGAAAUAGGGAAUAAAUAAAUGACUCAAUUCUAGUCUUCA